AUGUCCUCGCCAACAAGAACACCACGGCGUUUUGCCGACUACGCAGCUUCGUCAGACCCGAUCCUGAAGCUGCCACACCCCUACCAGACACCCUACUUCGUCGUCCGAGACACGGGCGACUCCAAUCGUUUCCAGCUCACUCCUGGCGAGAUCCAAUCGAGCGACAACAAGCCGCUCCCCAGCCCCCUUCACAACGCCUCCGUCUUCUUCUCCGAACCCCAAGACCUCAAAUCGAGCGACCGUCCAAGCGAGUCAAACAACACGCCAUGGGCGAGAGCCAGACGCAGUCCUGCCGUGGCAGUGAGCUGGACGGGAGCCCAGGCCCCUACGGUCGGUCAGCUCUGGCUCAUCACGUAUGCCGUCUUCACCCUGCGUCCGCGGGAGGAGGCGUUCCGCCUCGACGCCCAGGGCUCCGGCGCGGCCCGCCUAGCCCGGCAACUCCAGACGCUCGGCCUGGCCACCGCCCACCCGCCGCCGCCGCCGCCGCCGCUUCCUUCCCCCCAGGACGCUGCCCAGUCCGGCCCCGGCACGACCGAGCUCCUCGUCUCGCGGAGCGCCUUCUGGCAAGGCGCCGCCUCCCCCUUCGGCCCGCGCCCCGUCUGGGCGCCCGAGUCGCAGGACCCGGACUUCGCGUCCUACCCACUCCCGCCCCCCGAGUACACCAUGACCGCCUCCGCUCCGGGGUCCGGUGCCGCCGCCGCCGCCCUCUCGGCCUGGCACCCCCGGCGACGGGCCAAGCCCCAGCCCGGGUCCGUCAUCUACAGCCGCUACAUCCCGCACCUGCGCGAGACCUUCAGCAUGGUGGCGCUCGACGCCGCCGAUCCGGCACACGUGGAGCUGUUCCACGCCUGGCAGAACGACCCGCGCGUGUCGCAGGGCUGGAACGUGACGGGCACCCGCGAGCAGCACCGGCAGUAUCUGGCCAGGGUGCACGAGGACCCGCACCGGCUAGCCGUGCUUGCGCGGUUCGACGACACCUUUUUUGCCUACUUUGAAGUCUACUGGGCAAAGGAGGACCGCAUCGGUUCCUACUACGCGGCGGGCGACUACGACCGAGGCCGGCACAGCCUCGUCGGCGACGUGCGGUACCGCGGCCCGCACCGCGUCAGUGCCUGGUGGUCGAGCCUGAUGCACUACCUCUUCCUCGACGACCCCCGCACCGCCAGCGUGGUCGGCGAGCCCAAGUAUACCAACACGUCGGUCCUCAUGUACGACCUCAUCCACGGGUUUGGGCUUCACAAGUUCAUCGACCUGCCCGACAAGCGGUCCGCCCUCGUGAGCUGCUCCCGCGAGCGCUUCUUCCAGCUGUGCCCCUUGGACGAUAACGAGAAGGUCAUGGGCGGUACCGGGGUCGGUUUGGUGCCCAAGUUGUAA